GAUUUGUAUUGGUCCCUUUUCCUGUCCGUAGCCUGCCCUCGCGCUGUUGUCAGCGGGCUAGGUCCAUUGAAUUAUGAAGACCGCUGACAUAACGCAAACUGAAUUUGAAAAGAUUUCGUCUGAUUAAUCCAUGUUUACCCGGUUUCGAGUUUGGGGUGAUCCGCCAAACAUUAUCGGUUAGUUUCAGCGAUCAAUCAGAGAAUGUCUGUAGCGGCUGUCGGAGGGGCGUCAUCUUGCAUUGGUGCUGCAGCCGCAAGUUGCAGCUCGGCUGGGUUUAUAUCUGGCGCAGUCGGUGGAUGUGUGGGCAUAGCAGGGAGGUUACCAUCUCGGGUGCUGGAGCAUGUGCUCUCUUAUCUGGAUUUACCCGACAUGAUGCGCUGCUCUCUAGUUUGCUGGCACUGGAACCACGUCCUAGCAGAUGAAAAGAGUGAGGUGUGGCGGAGCCUUUGCGCCCGCUCCCUCAGCGAGGAGGCUCUACGCUCUGACAUUCUCUGCAACAUACCUACGUACAAGGGCAAGUUGAAAUCUCUGCAACACGCUCUUAGCUCCCAUGACUGCUCGAGGAACGUGUACGUCAAGAAGAACGGAUUCACUCUUCAUCGGAACCCCAUCGCCCAGAGCACUGACGGCGCCCGCGGAAAGAUCGGUUUUACCGAGGGCCGACAUGCCUGGGAGGUUUGGUGGGAGGGACCCUUGGGCACCGUGGCUGUGAUUGGCAUUGCCACCAAACGGGCCCCCAUGCAGUGCCAAGGUUACGUAGCUCUUCUGGGCAGUGAUGAUCAGAGCUGGGGAUGGAACUUGGUGGACAACAAUCUCCUUCAUAACGGAGAAGUUAAUGGCAACUUCCCACAAUGCAACAACGCACCCAAGUAUCAGAUAGGAGAAAGAAUACGUGUGAUCCUGGACAUGGACGACAAGACUUUGUCAUUCGAAAGAGGCUUUGAGUUCCUGGGUGUAGCGUUCCGCGGGCUUCCGAAAACCUGCCUCUUCCCGGCUGUCUCAGCCGUGUACGGCAACACAGAAGUGACAAUGGUGUACCUGGGAAAGCCUCUUGAUGGGUAGCGUGCCAUGCAGGAGGAGGAUCCCGCAUGGAUGGUCGACGAGGUGUGCCAAUGGAGGGGUGGCGCUUUGUGGACUCUUGAACAUUCCACAACAGGAGUGAACGCAAGCUCCCCUGGACCUUCAGGUGGUGGAGUGGGGUGCUUGGAUGCAGGCUUUUCUGAACAACCCACACAUCUAUGGACGAACCAAAAUUUAGCUGCUGGGACUCUUUUAUCAUGUUAUUUGCCGGGGAUGGAAUCUUGUUUGUUGUUGUUUUUUUUUCUUUUGUUAGUUUUUUUUUCUUAGAAACAUAACUUAUGAAAUGACACCGCCGAUGGGCUGUGUGUUAAUCUGUCAAAAGAAAAGCCAAAUCAGAUUGGAUAUGUGGCAAAAAAAAUGUAUAAUGCACUGCAGUUCCGUUACAGAGGUGGUGAAGGUGGCCUCAGUAAGUGUGAAAACAUGAGGUGUUUUGAUUUCAUAGCACAAACAGAUAUGGCGCAAAGCUAAACUUUGACUGUAUGCCAAAAUGGUUUUUCGAUCAUGUUCAGAGGACAAAUACAAACAAUACCUGUGUCACCUGGAUCUCCAAAAGUGGUACUGCUACAUCAGUGAGAGAGGAAAACCGUUGCAUGCAGUAUACCCUCUUAAACUGUUGUUGUUUGUGUAGAGGAAACACGGGUGGAAGGGUUAGGCCGUGUUGUAUGUUACUGUACAUCUCUGCUGUGGUGUACGAGUAUAUCAUAAUAUUUAUUUCUUAGAUUUUAUCCUUGGUAUCAGCGAGGCCCUAUUACCUCGAGAAUAAAGUCUAAUGGUGCCAGUCCUGAUAAGUGA